AUGGGGGAUGCCGGUCCGCCAACUCCGCCUCCAGGCAUGAUGGGCGAUGCGGCAUGGUCUUCGGAAACGCCGCCGUUGCGCGAGAUCAAGGUCCUUGUUACGGGGUUCGGGCCUUUCAAAUCGUUUCUCGUCAACCCCUCAUGGUUGAUCGCCUCAGCUCUCCCUCACGAAUUAUACCCGACAACGUCACCAUCUUCACCGGUUCCAGCAUAUAAAAUCACUCUAAUCGUCCACUCCUCCGCCAUGCGAGUCUCCUACUCGUCAGUAUCCGAAAUGAUGCCGUCCCUCAUAUCGCAGCACGACCCGGACUUCAUUCUGCACAUUGGUGUAGCAGGCGGCCGCGACUGCUACUCGCUGGAAACCCGGGCCCAUCGCGACGGGUACAGGAUAAAGGACGUGGACGACAAAGAUGGCUUUGCGCGCGGGGAAAGCAUGUGGAAGAAGGAAGGCGUGCCGGAUGUGCUAUUUGUGGGCUGGGACGAGGCCGAUGUGCUGAAGAGAUGGGAGGCGGGAGUCCAGACUGGUCUUUUGGAGCAUGGCUUCUUGGGGCCGGCGAAUGCCGACUCCAGAACGAACACAAGUAUUUCAUCCUCGAUAUGGGGCAGUUCCGAAACCGCGGCCAACGUGGCGGCUGCGGUGCAAGCUGCCCGAGCCGAGGAGAACCGCAAAAAGAGCGCCGUCAAGCUGUCCCGCGAUGCCGGCCGGUUUCUAUGCGAGUAUCUCCUGUUUGAGAGUCUUAGUCUACGCUGGAUCGAUGCCCACCGUCACAUGCAUCCUCAUUUACAUCUACUACAGUCGCAGCCACGUGCCGAGCAACAUCCACAAGUAGAGGAACACUCAGUACAGCACCACAGUGAAGCGGGAACGUCUUGGCGGCCACAGCAGCACGAAGGACAUGUCGAACAACAUGCGAGCCAGUCGUCAUUAUCAGGAUCGUCCCCUUUGACUAAUAAUCAUUCUGAUCAGCAAAACGAGACUGAAAGAGGUCAAGAGGCCCAAGACCUCGAAGAGCAGCACAAGAAACAACGUCUCGCCCACGACCGGCUGGGAAAAGUCGCUUUCCUCCAUGUGCCCGGCUGGACGAGUGUCGAGGACAUCAAUCGCGGCAAGCUGGUCGCAGAAGAAGCGAUCCGUGCUCUUGUGGCGAGUUGGGAAGAAGGGUUCCGCAGACCCUUGGGUUGGGGUGGGCCUGACGCGAGAGCAUUCACGACCCAACACUCCGAAGAUCAUGCGCAGAGUCAGGGUCAUACUCAAGGGAGUGUUGGUUCGGCGGCGUCGGCGGUGUCGGCGAUCCUGGCCGCUGGUCCGAUUGGGAGUAAUAUUGUCUGGAGAGCAUAA